AUGAUCACGCUUAAGAUCCUCCCAGUGGCUUGCAUGGUGGUGUCGGCACCCUAUGCAGAGGCUGCUAUCACCUGCGGUCAGGUGGUGAGCAAGAUGCUGCCAUGCCUAGCCUACGUGAGGACCGGUGGUGCAGUGCCAGCACCAUGUUGCAGUGGUCUUAAGAGUCUGAAGGUUGCCACACAAGCAACCCCCGAUCUCAAGACUGCCUGUGGUUGCCUGAAAACUGCUUAUACACAAUAUGCUGGCAUCAAUCCUAGCAUUGCCGUCGGCCUUCCAGCAAAGUGUGGUGUUAAUUUUCCUUUUAAGUUCAGCCCCGACAUCGACUGCUCCAAGUUACACUAA